CGGAAGUACCGGUAGCUAGGCCAGGUUAUCUCACCGGAGUAAAUUCUAUUGGCACACUUUUGCGCCAAGAAUGCCUAGAACACGCGGCCCAGUAACUGUGGAGAGAAUAUUGGUGCACAAAUCCCCAUCAGGCCCUGCGGUGGUGAGGAUGCUGUCGAACAAUGGGCCGCCAUUCCCGAUGCGUAUGCAGGUCCCCCCUGUUGUUCAGCAGAUCGUCGAUGAGAGCGGCAUACUCUCACCAUUCCUCUCACCACAGCACCCAGGCAUGAUGGGAAACCAGAUGCCGGGCGGUCCAAACAGUCCCUACUACCCGCCAUACAGUGGCCCCUAUUCCAACCACCCGGCCCCAUACCCCACACACCCUCAUGCCCACCCAGGCGGUCCCCCACACAGGGUCUCCACCCCACACAUGCCCCACCAGACACCCCCAGCAGCUGCCACGUGCGACAAUCACAACCCCGCACAUACACAAGGUCACAGUCCACCCCUGCCCAACAUGGAUGAGCGGACACAAAAGAAGCACCUGGAUCUUCGACGGAAGAUUCGAAACCGCGCCGACUACAAUCGGGGGCAACCACAAAGAUCUCGCAGAAACAGAGAAAAUGGCAUGGAUAUGGACAGGGCAGUCAGCAUUACCAAUUCAGAGACCCAGACCCAGGUUGGGGAUCAAAGAGACGAGUAUGGACGUGCACUGCAAGCGGAGCUGUCAAAAAUGCCCACACCUAAGGUGUCAGACAUAGAGCCUCGAAGCGCCUUCAUCAAGUAUUACCCGCCGGACUUCGAUUCCAAGGAUUUUGAUGUGAACCCCAGCAAGUUCCUCUACGACCUCAUGCUGUGUGAGAAAGGAAGAGACGGGAAGUACACCUGCGUCUAUCAAGGGGAUGCUUCAGAAAUUGCAUUAAAGGAUCUAAAACCAGCGACAGAGUAUCAUUUAAAAGUGUGUGCAGUGUUUGGGGACUACAGAGGCUCCCCCACUGAAGCCAUCAGUUUUAUGACCAAGACCUGUGAACCUGAUCCUCCUCAGCCGCCAAAAUUCGACAAGAAAUCAAAAAGUUCAAUCAGCCUCAAAUGGAAUAACCUAGUGUCCAACUGGAAGAAGCAGCGUUGCAAGUCUGUCCACCUGCCGCUGGGGGAUCCAGACAACCUUGACGAGCAACCAGAGGAAGACAACAGACGACACAAGACAUUCAGACAGAUCAUGUCAGAAAAAGAAAACCGUUCUGGACGCAAGUCAAUGAAUGUCUACCCAAUGGAUGAUGAACCUGCAAUCACCAUAGAGAGAACCACAAGAACUAUGGCAUCACCAAAAUCAAAGCCUGCAGUGGACCCGCUGGUACCAAAGUUGCCUGAGGUUGCACCAUGGGCCAAAGACUCAAGUGGAGAAGACAACAGUCACUCAGACUCAGAGAAUCAUCAGUCGGGCGAUAAUGACAUCGUGUUCUCUUCCUCUGACAAAUCUUCAACACCGAACAAGAUACUGAGUGAUGAUGAGUCCUUGGUGAAAAACAAAAGUAGCUCGAACAUUUCAGCCAGUAAGGCAAGACCUCUGCAGACGCAAAAGUCGCAGGACAGCGUGUUACAAAAGUGGCAAAACAGUGUGAACGAAUCUCAUAGGAGUAACGAGAACAAGAACAGGGUGAACGUUCCCAACAGCAAUUCUAUAAUUAAAAUCAUUACGCAGGCAUUUGAGGUGAAGGAGAAGGAAGUGCAAAAUACCCCAGCAAAAUCGCGACGUUCUGAACUCAAUAAUUCAAAAACAAAGUCAUUGGAUUUAAAUUGUUCAAAGUUUGCAAGUUAUGAGCCUACACCUCUCUCCCCGACUACACCGCAGGCGUUGUUACCACGGGAACAGAGGUUUGGUCAUUACAGGUCGGUGUCUGACCCAUAUUUACGUGAGACUGACCAGCUGUCAGUAGCCCAAAGUGCGACAGAAAGGUAUUUGCAAAAUGUAUCACCCAUUCACACUAAUCAAACCACCAAAGCUUUUAAGGCAUCAUGUAAUACUCAGACAGGCCCUCCCUGCCAAUGCCAAUGGAGUAGUGGAACAUCAAGUUCGAUGAAAAUUGGUGGAAAAACAGUGAAAACAAAGAGGACAGUGGAAGAAUUUACAUCAUCAAUGGCAUUUGGUGGCAUUUUCUGGCAAACAGUGGAGUAUUGA